UUUCUUCCAAUCAGACAGCGACAAAUUUUUAAAACGAGAAUGAGCGGCAGAGGCAAAACCGGUGGUAAAGCCAGAGCGAAGGCUAAGACUCGGUCAUCCAGAGCCGGGCUUCAGUUUCCCGUCGGCCGUGUUCACAGACUUCUUCGCAAGGGUAACUACGGGGAGCGCGUCGGUGCUGGAGCUCCAGUUUAUCUCGCCGCUGUGCUCGAGUAUCUUACUGCUGAGAUCCUGGAGUUGGCUGGAAACGCCGCUCGUGACAACAAGAAGACUCGCAUCAUUCCCCGCCAUUUACAGCUGGCAGUGCGUAACGACGAGGAGUUGAACAAACUUUUGGGUGGCGUGACCAUCGCUCAGGGCGGUGUGUUGCCCAACAUCCAGGCUGUGUUGUUGCCAAAGAAGACUGAGAAGCCAGCUAAAUCAAAGUAAACCGCGGUUUCUCCAGAACUACAAAAGGCUCUUUUAAGAGCCACCCACUUGAGCUAUAAAAGGGUGAAAUUGACAUUUGAGUUCGCUUAUGCACCACUUGGGACAACAUAGUUGCCUGAAUUCCGAAAGCAAAAUCUAAUAAGAUCAUAAGUUACAUUUUACGUUACAUUAAAGUCAUUGGUGUCACUUUAA